AUGGAGCAAGUCGGAGCAGAUCCUGACAUUGCCGGGCCCGGCAUACUCCUCGCCGUAAUGAUGGCAUUUGUCGUGUCCAUUCUCAUUGCCUUUUCCAUCCACGUGAGCAAACCAGCAAAGAGAGUCCACCAUAUCCUCAACAAAAUCCUGGUCUCGUGGAGCGAUCAGCAAAUUGUCCUUGGCAUUGCAAUUAGCACAGCUGCGCUUGAAGAGUGGUGCAGCUUCUCAACCUACCACCUCAACAUCAUCAAACACUGGCUGAUUCUCUCUUCCAUCACCCAUGUCAACGCCCUCCUUGUUCACUGCAAUUACUUCCAAAAGAAAAAGAUUGUGGCAACAACAUUGAGAGCUGGACUUAUCUCCCUUCAUGUCAUCUUCACCGGUGUUGUGGUAUUCGGACAUGGACAAGCUGCCGAGAACAAAAUCCCCGAAUCCACCAUCCUACGCCCCUGCAAAUCCUGCCAGCAAUCUGCUUCUUUGCAAACUCCACAAGACCCAGCCUCAUUCAACAAAUGCAUGUGGAAACGCCGGAAACCGAGACCACUGACACUGUUACGUCAUCUUUGGGCGACUGAGGAUAGGAAGAAGCGUCGUUUCACGGUAUGGUGCAUUCGACUAGCCCUGCUUGGACUGAAUGUGGCACUGGGUGUAAUUGCAAUCACUGGUGUCCAAAGCAUUCGCAGCUGGAUGAGUGAUGAAGGCUUGAUCGAUAUUUCAGACGGCUCGGAGAGCGAGUAUUCUUAUGGGCAGUACCUCUCAGCUUAUCUGGCAUUGUUUGCUGCCUUCCAGAUUGCUGAAAGCUUCUUUGAAGAUAUUGAGGAGUAG